UAUACAACUUUUGCCGUCAGCGAGUGUUGGGAAGUUGCUGAGUUAUUUUGAUUAAUUUCAGUGGAAAAUUUGGGGAAAAAAUGGACGGUGAUUCGGACUCCGAUUAUAGUGAUGAAGAACAGUGCCUAAGUGAGGCGAGUGAUGGAGUGCACAAAGGAGAAAAUAGCUCCUUUAGUUUGCCCCGUAAUUACUCUGCGGAUGAUUUAUACCCUUCUGAAAAAGAUCCAAGAUGCGACCCGGAUUGGCAACUGUCGACAUUUUGGCCGGUUUUUGUGGGGAAUUUCAGAGUGGAAGUAUGGAAGCAAGAAGCAUGGCUGACACAAGUGUCCAACUAUUUUGCUUAUAGAGGUCUUCUCACAAGGAUGAUCUUUUUUCCUCGGAAUGAACCCGGUUUGUUCGCAAACUACCAGAAAAAUUGUUUGCUGACGGAUAUGCUCGUGUAUUUUACGUCGAAAGAAGAUUCCGAACGGGCGAUAGCAACAUGUCAUCAAGAUUCCUAUUAUGGAUUUAAGCUGAAUGUUCUACCGGGAAGAACACCUCUAUAUUACGACAAUUCUAGAUCUAUUCUAUUCACGAAGGUAGGAUCAGAAUUGCCCCAAGAAUACAACAUUGUAAGAGUCCUAUCCAAGUUUGGAUCUAUUGAUUUUGCGGCAAGAUUUCCCGAAGAGGACGUUCUCGUUGAAUUUGGAACAACUGACGGUAUGCUUUGUGCCCUGCAAGGCCAGAUGAAGUGGACACCGAGGAGAAUGAAUAAAGAGACCAUGAAGCAGCGGUUCGUUGAGGCGACCGUAAUGAAUGAAAUCGAAUUGGCAAUGCGGUCGAAUGCAACUUUUAUGGAUAUGCGCCCGGAUGAAAGUGUUCUGCAGCGGUUGUUCGAGGGAAAGUGCCCGAUUGUGGAUACACCGUGGAUGAACCACAAAAGAUACUUAAAAUCAUCCUUCACGAAAGGUUGCCGCAAAUGGCAUCCAAAACAAAGACGUCGUCGUCGGCAAGCCGGCGGCAGUGGUUUACCCAAAAAUCAACUGCAAAAGAUGAAUAUUCAAAUAACGAACCAGAUACUUAAACGGUAUGGAAUAUCGCCGAUCUCCAAAGACAGUGUUCGGGAAAUUCAAAAGAAAGCUCAAAAGGAACAUCUAGCAAAAUUUCGUUUGCAGAAUAAGAUUAGAGCACAGGACAGGAAAAGGUUAAAAGUCGAAGCCAAGAUGAAUGCUAAUAACAAACAAGCUAAAGGUAGCAAAAAGCCAAAAGGCAACAAACGUUGGCAACAAACUGGAGGGCAGAAACAAAAUAAUAACCAAAAACCCGGUUCUCAGAAAAACAAAUCCAAAAUGCAACUGCAACAGUCUAAGAAAAUAGAUAUCAAAGUGGAGCAGCCAUGUGACGAUUUUGAUCGUAGUGGUGAUGCUAUGGGCCAACCAAACUAUAGUCAUGAUGAUCGAAAGGAUGGCUAUAAAAAUCAAUUGGCAUUAAAUUUCCAGCAAACUAACUUCAGAACGGACCAGCGGUCAGACCACCAAGAGGAUCGAAAGUUAGAUUUUCCGAGAGAGUAUAUCAAAAUGGAACGUCCUACAUUGAAUCUUGCUAGAGGGAAUACAUUCGGAUUACAAAAUCAACAGCUUACAUCGGAACGUAAUAAAAAUCGAAGAAGCAUGGAACAUAACGACGAUCAGGUAUUCGGUUCUCAGAGAAAAUAUGUCAAGAUGGAACAUCCAACUGCUGAUAGAUUUACUGGAUUAGAUCGAAGCUCACAAGGAAAUCAAACAACUAGUUUUCGGAACCUUGAUACCAGAUUCGAGCAACCCAAAUCGGAUAACUUUGAUGUUAGGGGAUCAAAUUUCCGGAAUGACAACAGUAUGCAACGCGCUAGUGGUGGAAAUCGUACAUUUGGAUUUUCAAAUAACAACAUUACAAUGGAUAGAACGAAAUCGGAUCCGUUUGAAAACCAAAGAGCAAAUGCUCAUCAAAAUGCCGAACGAUCAAGAUCAUAUCAACAUGAAGAUCAGUCAUUAAAUUUUUUAAGAGAUUCCGCUGGAAUGGAAAGAUCCAGAUUUGAUAAUUUCAGCCGAUCUAUGCCCAGUGGAAAUCAAACAUCAGGUUUCGGUGGAUAUGGUUCCGGGGCCGAUGUGGGAUUUGGCGAUAGAAAUGAUCGAUUUAGAACGGAUCACCGUGGAAAUAACACGCAGAUGGAAAGAAUGAGGUCGAACCAUGGAGACAAUGCCAGAAUGGAAAAUCCAAGAUUUGGUCAAUAUGAUAAUCGUUCAUCCCAGUCCCGUCGUGAUGAUCAUACAUUUAAUUCACGCAUGGAAUUUUCAAGACCGGAUAACAAUACAAAUCGGUUUUCCGGAUCUUGGAGAAAUAAUGACGGAAUAGACCAGUUUAAAGCCGCUCGUGAUGGAGAUCGAAAAUUUGUCUCCCGGAAGGAUUAUUACAGAACAAACCCAUUUUAGAGAAAAGCUUUCUCAAAAUGAACCAAAUGCAAAUUUCCGUACAUUUGCUUAUAAAAUGGUUUAUGUAAGCUUAAAAAUAAAAUAAAAUUCAAUCAGGUACCAGCCAAAACGUUGGAUGCAAGAUAUGGCCGUUGAGUGCAAACAAAGUGUAGUAGAAAACCAUUUCACUUCAUACUUUUGUCCUUAUUACUUUUCUCUAAAACACCCCCCCCCUUUUUCAUUAAUUUGCGUAAUAUCUUGUUUUCUCAUACAUUCAGAUGAUUUCCAAGUAUCACGAGCUCAUGAUUGUUGGCGUUUUGCACUAUUUCGUAGCCUUAAUAAUCUUCCCCUUUCAUAUUUUGUAUAAACUGGUAACAAAAAAAACUUAAUCUGUACCAACAGCAACAGCCAUGUGAAUAAAACUAAAAUGUGUUUAAUUGCUUCCUCGUA